GCUGUCAGCACUAGCAAAAGCAUUUUUGCUGGAGUCUAACCAUUUUAUUUUAGUUAAUAAAAUACACAUAUUUCCUCUUUUUUUUCCGUUGUGCGCGUACGUAAAGUGCAAAAAGACGUUCACGCCACAGUUGCGAGUGCAUUAACGGGGCCAACUCGCAGUCACAGACGCAGAUUUCCUAAGAAAUUUCACACACGCAUACAUAUAUAUAUAAAAAAAAAAAAUUUUUUUUUUUUGUCAUUCGUUUUGGGCCCCCCAUCGUACAAUAGUAAAAAGCCAACCUUGAGAAACACCCAGCACAGCAGUUUCAAACUGCUCGCAAACGUUUCGUGAUCUCGUCUAGAAGUUGAUACAUAAAAAACAGUUUUUAUAUUGUUUUGUCGCCCAAUUAACCGAACGCGCGGCGGAGCCAUUAUCCCAGCAACAUGGACAAAAUGCGGCUGAUGAAGGAACAUCGUUCCGAGAUAAUAAUUGGCGGCAAAUAUCGGGUGAUACGCAAGAUCGGCAGCGGCUCCUUCGGCGACAUCUAUCUGGGCAUGAGUAUUCAGAGCGGCGAGGAGGUGGCCAUCAAGAUGGAGAGCGCCAGCGCUCGCCAUCCCCAGCUGCUGUACGAGGCGAAGCUGUAUCGCGUGCUGAGCGGAGGCGUGGGAUUUCCGCGUAUCCGCCAUCAUGGCAAGGAGAAGAACUUUAAUACUCUCGUGAUGGAUCUGUUGGGUCCCUCGCUGGAGGAUCUCUUCAACUUUUGCACGCGCCACUUUACCAUCAAGACCGUGCUGAUGCUGGUCGAUCAGAUGAUCGGCCGCCUGGAGUAUAUACAUCUGAAGUGCUUCAUUCAUCGUGAUAUUAAGCCGGACAACUUUCUGAUGGGCAUCGGACGGCACUGCAAUAAGCUGUUCCUCAUUGACUUUGGCCUCGCCAAGAAGUUUCGCGAUCCGGGCACGCGCCAUCACAUCGUCUAUCGCGAGGACAAGAACUUGACGGGCACCGCACGCUAUGCCUCGAUCAAUGCCCAUCUGGGCAUCGAGCAGUCGCGCCGUGAUGACAUGGAGUCCUUGGGCUAUGUGAUGAUGUAUUUCAAUCGCGGCGUCCUGCCCUGGCAGGGCAUGAAGGCCAACAAUAAGCAGCAGAAAUAUGAGAAAAUCUCCGAGAAGAAAAUGUCCACGCCCAUCGAGGUGCUCUGCAAGGGCUCACCGGCCGAGUUCUCCAUGUACUUGAACUAUUGUCGUAGCUUGCGUUUCGAGGAACAGCCAGACUACAUGUACCUACGUCAAUUGUUCCGCAUUUUGUUCCGAACGCUGAACCAUCAGUACGAUUACAUCUAUGACUGGACAAUGCUGAAGCAGAAGACCCACCAGGGCCAGCCGAAUCCCGCACUGCUGCUGGAACAGUUGGAGCCGCGCAACGAUCGCGAAAAGGAGAAAGAGAAACCGAACUGCAAACCUCCCAUCACCGAGUAAUUCAGCUGAAGAGCAGCACGCAAAAAACAAAAACAAAAACAAAACAAAAAUCAGAUAAAAAUUUACAAAAAAAAGAAAUGAGAAGAAAUGAGAAGAAAGCAAAUAAGAAGAGAAAGAAAAUGAUAACUAAGGGUGGCAAGCGUUAAAAACAAAAACAAAAACAAAAAGCAGCAAAACACAGAGAGAAGCAGAGAGAAGAAAGAGAAGGAGAACAAGAAGAGGAAGAAUGGAAGUUAGGAUGUUUCUUAAUAUUAAUUUAAAUACAAUACUAAACAUUUAAGAAAGAUGAAGAAGGAAAACAACAAAAAAGCAACUAAAAAAAGAAAGCAAAUAUCUAAAUGGAAUUCACACACGCACACACACACACGCCACUUUUCACACACACACACACACACACACACAACAGCAACACUUAGCAUAAUAAAAGCAAGCAAAAAUGGAAUAAAAACAACAUACAUAAAUAUAUAUAUAUAUAUAUAUGUUUAUAUAUAUAUAUAUAUAUAUAUAUAUAUAGAUUUAUUUAGAUAUAUAUAUACAUAUAUAUAUAUAUGAUAUAAAUGCAAAUAUAUAUUGUAUAUGUAUAUAAAGCAAAACACACAUACACAUACACACACACACACAUUCAAAAAUGUCGCUCGCGUGUAAAAGCAUGCAUAUAUAUAUAUAUACAUAUAUAUGUAUUAUAAUAUAUAUAUAUAUAUAUAUAUACUGAAUACACACUAAAAUGCGAAAUUAAUAAAAUUAAACAACAACAAAAAACGACGCAAUAAAAUCUAAUUAAUUAAUAAACAAACAAACAUGCGAGUAAGGCCAAGCGAGGGAGGAGAGGAGUAUAUAAACAAACAAAAAAAAAACAGCAAAAAAAUUAAACAAAAAAAAACAAUAAAAAUACAAAAACAAAA